GCUCAUGUUUUUUCACUUUUCUGUUUUAUUUGCGGGCCGAGAAGUCCACCACCUGAACCUAUAAGGCUGAAGCUGACAUGGCUCCCGAAAAGGAAAGUAAUGGUCUUGAAGACUAUGCAUUUGCACUGAAGCUUGAAGGGCGCUUCUGUGAUCUACCGGACACAAAACGUGGAGGGGAAACGGACACGUCCAUGGAGGGAGAAAGCAACAAGCUAGCAUAUUGCGUAACAGACGUACCUCCCUGGUACCUAUGCAUCAUUCUAGGCAUCCAGCACUGUUUGACUGCAUUUGGAGGUAUCAUCGCCAUCCCGUUAAUCUUGUCUCAGGGGUUAUGUCUGCAACAUGACGGCCUCACACAAAGCCACCUCAUCAGUACCAUCUUCUUCGUCUCUGGUAUUUGCACUCUGUUGCAAGUUGCUUUCGGCAUUAGACUGCCCAUUCUCCAAGGUGGUACUUUCACAUUGCUGGCACCUUCCCUGGCAAUGCUGUCCAUGCCAGAGUGGACAUGUCCUGCUUGGACCCAAAAUGCCAGCCUAGUCAACACCUCCUCCUCAGACUUCAAAGAGGUGUGGCAAAGUCGAAUGAGAGCACUUCAGGGAUCCAUUAUGGUGGGCUCACUCUUCCAGGUGUUUGUUGGUUUCUCUGGUCUUAUUGGCCUCUUCAUGCGCUUCAUUGGACCUCUAACCAUUGCUCCCACCAUCUCUCUGAUUGGACUGUCCCUAUUUGACUCAGCUGGGAUCAGUGCUGGCAACCACUGGGGCAUGGCUGCCAUGACCACAGCACUGAUUACCCUGUUCUCACAGUACCUGCGUCACAUACCUGUGCCCUUUCCUAUGUACAGCAAGGAUAAAAAACUGCACAUCUCCCGCAUCUAUGUAUUUCAGAUUCUCCCUGUUCUACUUGGAAUCAGUUUGUCUUGGCUAGUUUGCUACAUUUUGACAAUCUAUAAUGUACUUCCUACUGAUCCACACCAGUAUGGUUACUUGGCCCGCACUGAUCUAAAGGGGGAUGUUAUGAGCCAAGCUCCCUGGUUCAUUUUUCCAUAUCCAGGUCAGUGGGGGAUGCCGACUGUGAGCCUGGCAGGGGUGGUUGGCAUCUUGGCUGGGGUUAUUUCAUCGAUGAUAGAGUCUGUAGGGGACUACCACGCUUGUGCCAGGCUUUCUGGGGCUCCACCUCCCCCUAAACAUGCUAUCAACAGGGGCAUCGGCAUUGAGGGACUGGGCUGUCUGCUGGCUGGAGCCUGGGGUACAGGAAAUGGUACUACUUCAUACAGCGAGAAUGUUGGAGCCCUUGGUAUUACUAAGGUUGGCAGUCGCAUGGUGAUAGUAGCCAGUGGAGUCCUGAUGGUUGUCAUGGGGGUGUUUGGUAAAGUGGGUGCUAUAUUCACCACUAUCCCAUCACCUGUGAUAGGAGGGAUGUUCAUGGUUAUGUUUGGUGUCAUCUCUGCAGCAGGAGUUUCUAAUUUGCAGUAUGCAGAUAUGAAUUCAUCUCGAAACAUUUUUGUUUUUGGCUUCUCGAUGUUCUCUGGUUUGGUUAUUCCGAACUGGGUAUUGAAGAACCCAGAUUCUAUUGCUACAGGUGUGGCUGCACUUGAUCAGGUUCUUUUGGUGCUUCUGACAACCAGUAUGUUUGUGGGAGGAUUCUUUGGCUUCAUACUAGACAACACAAUUCCAGGAUCAAAGCAUGAACGAGGCAUCUUGGCCUGGAACAAGGCUCACGAGGAUGACUCCAGCAACACACUGGAGAGUGGGAAAGUCUACAACCUUCCCUUUGAUAUCACCUCUUAUGUGUCCUCUUCCUCCUGGCUCUGGUACAUGCCUUUCUGCCCUCCUGUUGUGUCUACUUCCCUGAAUGGAUGCAAGGUGGAUACUAAUACUUUGGAGCCUAAGCAGCCACUGGAACAUCCAGAGCCUUCACAGAUCGUCAUUGGAGCCGCUCUGUGAGUGGUGUACUCACUUCUGCAUGCCAUUUUGGGAAUUUUCCACAAACUGUACAUCAGGGGCAGCUGACUUUGGACCUUGUAUCUUUUUUGUCAAAGGCACUGUGCUGUAACAACAUGGUGCAACAUAUAUCACAUGGCCUUAGAGUGACAUUUACAAAUAACAUCUUGCAUACGAUUAGCAUAUGGAGUUCUUUAGGGAGACAGUUGGGUACACUAUAUAGACAAAAGUAUUGAACUGUUUUUCAGGGGUUGGGGUUGGUGUGGGCCCUCUUCCUUCCAGUGAAGGGUAAUCUUAAUGUUUCAGCAUACCAAGACAUGUUGGACAAUGCUAUGCUUCCAACUUUGUGGCAACAGUUUGGAGAAGGCCCUUUUCUAUUCCAGCAUGACUG